AUGUUUUUAGCCAAAGAACAAGGAAGGGGGCCAUUGGGCGAUUUAUAUGAUGAUGAUUCUGAUUAUGACGUGUCAUUGGGUAAUUUAUAUAAUAGAAAAGCAGUCUCGAAGGACGACAAGGUAUGUUUGAAAUGUGACCAAAGUUUACAAACAUUUUCAUUCUUAUUUAAAAUAAUUAUUUAUGUUUUUAGCCAAAGGACAAGGAAGAAAGUGGGACAGAAGCAUCGUCAGAAUCAGAAAAUAUGUCAGAGGUAAUUUUAUUUGUUAGGCAACAUACACAAUCUUAAUAUACAUUCCAAUACAAUAUUAUAAUAAUUUUUGGAGAGAACACAACACAGAAUCGGAUUCAUCAAUGGUGUCGAUAUGUUUGUUCGAGGAGGUUAGUUUAUGUUCUCUUUGUAUUCUAAAACAUUGCAUUUCUAAUUCUAACUCAUUUUUCUGUAGAAUAAACAGCGGCCAAAAGCAUGCCCGAGGUGUGGGCACGACAGUCUGGUUUUGCUCAAACACCUUAAGAACACCCACAAAAUAGAUGAUGCGGAAGCAAAAUGGAUAACAGUAAAGCUAAGGCUGGUCAAGGAGAACAAAGAGGAAGAGAACAAGUAAAAUUCCCUGUUCCCAACUGCAACUGUCGUAUUUGUCAUGUUGACAAACAUGACAAAUGUAAAAACUGUCCACAAUGUAAAAACUAAUGACGCUCCGUAUAGAGUGAAUUUAUUGUAAUCUUAAUAAAGCUUAUAGUUUUAUAUUCAAUCAUACAUAUAUUUAAUCUAAUGCUGUUUUAAUACGGUGUUUUGAGUUUAGUUCUAGUUUAGCUUUAAUUUUAAUUAACCACUAAUUUAUCGCUUUAUUCUACAUUAAUUUCUUUUGAAUUUUCUUCACAAAUUUUGAGUUUUUAAUUCAAGAAUCUGCUCAGUUACUGUUCGUUUUAGUAAGAGUUGUUAAAUAUUUAGUUUUUCUUUUUUUCAGUUCUCAGAGGAUAAAAAGAAUUUUGUUCAGUUUUGGUUAAAGUUAGGUUCUAGUAUUUAUCUCAAAAAUUAGUUUAGUUCUAGUUUAGUUUUAGUUUAAAAUGGGGUUUUAGUUUUGGUUCUAGUUGACUAAAACAGCAAUAACUUAAACCAGAUACAACAAUGUCAUAAUGAUGCAAUGUGAAAUGCAGAGAAAAAUUUCAUCCAAAAAGGCAAGGCCAUCAACACAAUCAAAAACAUCACUGCCUCUACCAACAUCUGUGGACUUUGGGAUAACAAAUCGCUAGGAAAAAUUCGAAGGCAAUUCUUCAAAAACAAUAACACAGCACUUAAACAUAGGUAAGAGUAAUGACUGGAAGGCAGGUAACGAACAGAAUAAAUUAUCUCUCAAAGAGACUAUUCGCAGACUUGGUGGGAAGUGUUGGAGAUUCUCAGCUUCGGAAAGCUGUAGUAUCAGCCCAUCGCAAGACCCAAACCAUUCGGUGUCAGCCACCGACCUUGCCACCCAAAUGACACAUAACCUCUCCACGGCAAAUCAACAUUACCAUAUGGACGAUAGAGUAAAACAGAAAAUGAUUGCUGGGCAAUACCUGGACAUUCUGACUAAAGAAGGAGCAACAAAGAAAGCAACGUCAGCCGAGAAGCAACAACAACAGCAAAGAAUGACCCUAGCAAGAAACCAAGAACAUCAUCAUCAAAAGGCUCAUUGA